CGAAGCGGCUCCUCCUCCCGGCAGAGAGACGCGCAGGGCAGAGUGGCAGCGCAGCGCCCCCUUCGCUUCCCUCGCUCCCCCGCCCGGCCCGGCCCAGCCUAGCCAAACCCAGCCCAGCCCGGCCCCCGGCAGAGGCGCUCAAGAGAGCCGCUCAAGUUGGACGGAGCGAGUCCCCCAGCCAGCCAGCCAGCUAGCCGCCGCCGCCGCCGCUGCCGCAACACGUCGGUCCCGCUCCCGAGUUCGCGUCCGCCUCCUCGUUGCGUCCGCCAGAAUUUCUUCCGCUUUCUGCGGGGCGCAAAGGCAUCUCCGCCCUUGGCUGUUCUGCGUCCUCGGAGAGUCGGUCCUGCUCUCCCCUCCAGUUUGAGUAAAAUAAACAGCAAACCAUCAACCCCCGUUCUCUUCACUCCCCCCCCCGUUUUUGGUGCAAAACAAACAAACAAACACAGCCCCCUCCUUAUUCGACGGUUUCUGCGGAGUUUUUGGGACAAGCGCUUUUCAUCCUCUAGACUUCGCAGCAGCAACAGCAGCGGGAGCCGCAAGAGUCGCUUGUGGGGCUGGAGCGCCUUGGGGGCUUUUUGUUUUGCCACCUCCUCGCCUUUCGAUUCCUCUCCCCCCUUUUGCAUUCCUUUAUAAGUGGGCAGGGGCUGAUUAUAUAUCUCCCCAUCGCUAAAACCGCAAAGUGUCCCGAGCCGGGAAGCAUUUGGUCCUCCGCGCGUCGCCCCGACGACAGUCUCCUGCGGUUCCGUGCAGGACCGCCAGCCCUUCCGCCUCCCUCGAGGCCCCCUCGGGGAGCGCCCCCCCCCGCUCCAGCCGCCAGAAGAGGAAGCAGCGCCUCCGCUCCGGCCCGCCGCCGCGCAAGAUGCUCUUCCAAAGCUUCGACCUGGUCUCGGCGCUGGCCACCUUCGUCGCCUGCCUGGUCUCGGUCACGUUGCUCCUGGCCGUCUCCCAGCAGCUGUGGCAGCUCCGCUGGGCCGCCACCCGCGACAAGAGCUGCAAGCUACCCAUCCCCAAAGGCUCCAUGGGCUUCCCGCUGGUCGGAGAGACCUUCCACUGGCUCCUGCAGGGUUCCUGCUUCCAGUCCUCAAGGAGGGAGAAAUAUGGGAAUGUCUUCAAGACCCACUUGCUGGGCCGCCCCUUGAUCCGGGUGACGGGUGCUGAGAAUGUGCGCAAGAUCUUGAUGGGCGAACACAGCCUGGUGAGCACUGAGUGGCCCCGCAGCACCCGCAUGUUGCUGGGCCCAAACACGGUGGCCAACUCGAUCGGGGACAUCCACCGGCACAAGAGGAAGGUGUUCUCCAAAAUCUUCAGCCAUGAAGCCCUGGAGAGUUACCUUCCAAAGAUCCAGCUGGUGAUCCAAGACACGUUGCGUUCCUGGAGCAGCAACCCAGAGCCCAUUAAUGUCUAUUACGAAGCCCAGCAGCUCACCUUCCGCAUGGCAAUAAGGAUCCUGCUGGGAUUCCGGAUCCCAGAUGAAGACCUUAGCCAGCUCUUUGAGGUCUACCAGCAAUUUAUGGAGAAUGUCUUCUCCUUGCCUGUAGACCUGCCUUUUAGUGGCUACCGGAAGGGAAUUCGUGCUCGAGAGGCAUUGCAGAAGGGCUUAGAGAAAGCCAUCCGCGAAAAGCUGCAAAACACGCAGGGCAAGGACUACUCUGAUGCCCUGGACAUCCUGAUAGAAAGUGGCAAGGAACAUGGCAAAGAACUCACAAUGCAGGAACUGAAGGAUGGCACCCUUGAGUUGAUUUUUGCUGCCUAUGCGACCACUGCCAGUGCCAGCACUUCUCUAAUUAUGCAGCUCCUGAAACAUUCCGCAGUCCUGGAGAAGCUUCGUGAAGAGCUGAGGAGCAAAGGGAUCCUCCACAAUGGCUGCCUGUGUGAGGGCCCUCUCCAGCUGGACACCAUUAGUGGCCUCCACUACCUUGACUGUGUCAUCAAGGAGGUCCUGAGGCUCUUCACUCCCAUCUCUGGCGGAUACCGGACGGUGCUACAGACCUUUGAGCUGGACGGCUUCCAAAUCCCCAAAGGCUGGAGCGUCAUGUAUAGUAUCCGGGACACUCAUGACACAGCUCCCGUGUUCAAGGAUGUGGACGUGUUUGACCCCGAUCGCUUUGGACAGGGCCGCACUGAAGAUAAAGAUGGCAGGUUCAAUUACCUCCCUUUUGGAGGAGGUGUGCGGACCUGUCUGGGCAAACAUCUUGCCAAGCUGUUCCUGAAGGCUCUAGCCAUUGAGUUGGCCAGCACAAGUCGAUUUGAGUUGGCCACCAGGACUUUCCCCCGGAUCACACUGGUGCCAGUUGUCCACCCAGUUGAUGGACUCAGGGUCAAGUUUUUUGGACUUGAUUCAAACCAGAAUGAAAUCCUGACAGAAACGGAAGACAUGCUGGGUGCCACUGUGUAAGCCAGAUGCUGGCUUUGUUUAUCUUGGUUAGGGAGGUUGAGGGGCCUGGAAUAGAGGAAUGGGAAGGAAAAAGUGAAGCCCACCACUGCUGGAGAUGGGCCACCUCACUCCUCUGGGGCAAAACCUGCUUUGAUGAAUAUGCCAAAAUGACAGUGGUGUUAGAGCGAGGGGUGGGUGGGCGGGGAACAGAUUGAGGAGAUCACCUUGAUGGAUUUUGUUUUGUUUUUCUGAACACUAACCAGAACGGGAUUGCCUUGACUAUAAACAGUACAUAAAUGUUAAUAUAUGCAUAUAUAUAUAUAUGAAUGUGUAUGUGUCUAUAUAUGUAUAUAUAGACAUAUAUAUAUGAUCUGAAACAGAAGCAUUGCCGCCGCUGCUGCUGCUGCUGUGCCUCCUCCUCCUUCUAGAGCAGGACCUCUGGCAUUUGCUAGCCAUCCAAGGUCUGGCUGUCUUGUCCUUCUGUCAGAAGCAUGACCUGGCUAGAGCCGGGGCAGUGAGUGACUUCUGAUAGAUCCUGACCUUGAAACUAUCAGUGUUAAGUCAGUCAGUGACAUACAACAGAGUUUGGGGAAUAUGUUUUGCUUUCUUUAGAAUGGCCAAGAGGACCCCUGAGCAGGGCCUGGCUAAAGUGAGUCUUGCGCGGUGUUGGUGGAUGGAACACCUUUCUGUGUUGCCAUAAUAACAGCUUUGCUGUGUCACGUCUCUGUAGGAGGUAGUAGGAUGUCAGGCUACAGAGAGGCCGACGUUAGAACUGUUAACACCAUUGAGAACAUAAGAAGUGUUAAUGCUCACAGGGUGCUUCUUAUGUUGACUUCACCUCCUUGCAUGUUAAAAGCAUGUGUUGGGAAGCUGUAAAACAAAUGGCUGGGGGAGAUAUGCAUUUUUUUCUUGAAUAGUCUGAAGAUUUAGGCAUGAGUAUGAGUCCAUAUUCUGCAAAGCCUUGUGGAUUUUUGAGUCUGUGUAGCUGAGAGUUCUGAUAUCUCCAAGGUGUGCCUCUUUGGCUAUUCUUGGGGCUGCUUCUCUAUACCUGUUUUCUUACAAAACAGGGUUGUGCAAGUGUAAUGUUGAACUGACCUGUGGACUUGUGGCCCCUGAGAGGAGCCUUUCUGUGCCUAGUGAUUAUGAAAGCUCUCUAAUAAACCUCAGCCAAAUUCCGCAGGCUGCGGCCACCUCCCUUUUCAGCCUUGAUGAGGGUCAAUGACAAUAAAGCGAAUGGGAUCAUGAACAAAAUAUUUUUUCUGAACUGUUGCUGUGUGUUGAAAUCCACUAUAGGGCCCACCCUGGAGUAUACCAUCCAAGACAGGCCUGGGUUUCCCCAAAGGAUGUGGGCUGCCAUAUGGGUACCAUCAUAUCACCCUCCUUUAUGCAUGGCCAAACAUUUUGUGCCCUUAGGAAUGCCACACCAUCAUUAGUUAGCAGGGGAGAAUCCAUGGCCAUGGGGGUGGGUGGAGAGACCACAGCCUGGUUUCUUCAUGGCAAAAGAGGGCAAUUGCAAACUGGUUGAUAAUGAGCCUAUGGAGAAGCUGUUGGAAUCAGUGGACUUUCCAAUUAAAUAGGCACAUUUCCAGGGCCAUACUUUGAAUUCAAAACAGUGGCUGCUCACGUUUUUAGCCACAUUAAGCAGAAACAUUUAUUUUGUUUUGUUAAAUAAAGGUUGUUGAUACUUGGACCCAACUAGUUGUUUUGAAGUGUUGCAAGCUCUCAGAUCCCAGAGCUUCCUUGUCAGCUGUGGGAGUUCAGAACGCAUUGUGCCUGAUAGUGAAGUUCUGUACCAAGGAGAAACUGUAAAUUCUGGAGGCACUUUCCAUGUAACCGAAAUACUUGUGGACCACCUGCCCCGAUUAGCUGAGGCCAGCCAAGAGAGUUCACACCGUGCCUAGUUUGCAGGUAACCUCAAAGCAUUAUUAUUAUUAUUAAAGCACCCUGAACUUGUGGACUGAUAAAUAUUUUUUAAUCAAAGCCAUUUCAAAUGCCAAAUCUUUAGCUGCCAUCUUGCACACAGUCUUAAUUGUGCAUCCGUUGGAUGGAGGAGCUGUGUCUGUGCUGCAGCCCAGCUGUUCUGCAGUGGCAAGAUUAAAACACUAAACAAAAAAAUGGGAUGAAGAUGGGGGGUGAAAUUGAGGACGGGGAGAGCAUAUUCAAAGCCCAGGACUCUGCCAGCCCAUUCAUUUGGAGCGGGCUUGUGAAAGAGCUGAGCCCAAACUCCUUGCCGUGUUUCUUAGGAGGGCUGGAACACCGUGCCUCUCAUGCCCUUUGCUUCUAGGGUCUUUUCGUCAGCACCACUUUCCUCUGUUCUCUUGCCCUCACUGUCCUUUUCUUUUGUCCCCACCUGGUAGUUUGUAGUUCAGUCAGAGGAAUUUUGUCAAACAAUGUUUUGCCAUCAUGCCAGCGUGAUGCCAUUGAGCAUGCUUGUUAGAAAUAAUUUUAAAAACCAUUUUGGUCACCACCACAGCCAGUCUGGUUCAAUGGCAGCCUAAGCAAAUAAAGGCAAGGGCAGUGAGGGAAAAGGAGGCGGCGAAUGGUGCUGGGAAGUAGUAGGCAUGGGUGCCUUUUGUUUCCUGGCUGCUAAAUGGCAUUGAAAAGUGCAAAAGUUUGGCAAGAUUUUUUCCCUUUAGUUUUCAGAAAGCUCUUUGAUCGUCAAACCAAACACCAAAAUUGGAGAGCCUCUGUUGGUAAUAGUUUCAAAUGCCUAGGGCACAAUCCCCUGUGGAAUUCUCUUGCACAAACCCCUCGAGAUGAAUGGCAGCCCCAUUCAUUUCUUGGGAGCCUGAAUAAGAGAACUUCCCAAUGGAUUCUACCCCAUGCAUUUUAAGAAAAUGUCGCUUGAAAAGGGUUGCAUACAGUUCCUCGGCAAGGAUCUAAAUUUGGCCCGUUGGGGUCUUUCUGAAUGCGCAUCCUUGCAGUCAAAUGUGGUUCUGAGUACCAGGUUAGCCGCCAGGCGGAAUGUUUGGCAAGCUCCCAGUGGUGCUUGAAAUUCACCACUGAGCAAUCUUAGCUCACCCCCACAAAUCUAGGAUCAAGAGGUGGGAGUUCCAGGUCAGAGAACAUAAUAGCUCCCUUGAGCUUUGAGCCCCGGCACAUCCCCACUCAGAAACAGACCACUGCAUCCCUGUCACAAACACUGCUUCAGCCUUUGCCAACCUCCUGCUGUCCGGAUAUUUUGGACUACAAUCCCCAGCAUGGCUGUGCUGACUUGGGCUGGUAGGAGUUGUACUCCAACACAUCUGGAGGGCACCAGGUUGGGAAAGAAGGCUCUACGUAAUCCUUAUUUACACACCUUGUGAGGCAGAAGUCUCCAGAUGCACAAAAUAUAAUUGCAAACGUUGCAAGCAGUUCUUCUCGCAGAGCAAUUCUGUUUUCUUUUUAUAAACUAGGUCUGGUUUCACUACUUACCUCUCAACGUUUCCAAGUAGAUCCUCGAUAUCUUUCACAAUAGAUCAGGCCUCUCGUAUAAGCAGAAGGGAGAGGUGCCGAGGUGGGGUUGGGUGGGGCAGGUGCCUCCAAAGUACCCCAAGUAGUUGCUGGGGUGGCAGUAAGAAUGUUGUCAGAGGCAUCCGUGCUCAAGUGGUUUGCUAUUUCAGAGGUGCAUCCCACAAUCCUUUGCAGAGUUGCAGAGGAUGUUGGGAUGCAACUCUUCAAAUUGUGUGUUGCGCAUCCCUUGGGCCAACAAAAUGGCUAGCGGGCGGCCCAGGCAUAGGUGGGGCAAGGAAAGAGGAGGAGUGACGUUUCGGACAUCCGAUGACUUGCUCUGACGGGAAGCCACGGGUGGGCGAGGCUCACAUGUAAAGUUUGGCAACUCAUUAAAAGACAGACCUGUAAAUGGGAGAAGGGAGGAAAUGUAAGAGGCAUACAUUUAUAAACUAUCUCACAUACACGUGUGUGUGUGUGUGUUGUAUCUAGGCAAGGAUAGCUUCUGUUCGCUUUACCAUUCCUAACUAAUAUAACUUGAUUAAUUUUUUUUUAAAAAUGUUACUGCAGUGAAUUUGCAGGAUAAAGCACUUUUGAGUCUCAGAAUUACAUGUUUGUCUUGUGUGUCUUUAUUUUCUGGCACAGUUUCUGUUUGCUAUAUUAUUUUAUACAUAAAGGUGUUUUUUUUGUCUGAGUUUAUAAACUAUUAUUAUUAUAAUAAUUAUUAUAAGUACUAUUUUUGUUAUAAUUCAAAAUAGAUAUUUAGUAUAAAAAGGGUUGGCUGUUUGUUUUUUUAAAAAAUAUUUGUUAUUUAGUAAAAUAUGGAAUAUCUCAUUCCUGCUCUGCCUUCUUCUUUAUUGUAAAACUUGUCUGGGGAAAAAAAAGAAUAUGUUUUUAUCAGCAGGGGUCACAAUGUGAACAGGGUGGGCGGCUCUUCUCCUGCACGAGCCUUACUGGAAUGUCUAGGAGUGGCCCACCCUCCAAUAAGGGUCACGCAGGAGAAGCAUACCCCCUCCUCCUUCACAUUGUACCUGUUCUGAAUAUUAAAUGGAAUAAGCACCUGUUGGGUGGGAUUAUAUUUUGGUGCUGUGUGAAGAUGUGCUUUGUGUCAUGUGGUUUUUAAUGUGUAAAUAAUAUCGGGGCCAGUCUACCCGGAAGCGCGCUCUCUCCCUCUCAUAUGCACAAUUGCUUAACAGUAGUCAUGUGGAGCACUGCUCCUUUGCUUGUGUGAAGCUCCUGUUCUUUCCACUGGGGCUCAUGCUCAACUGAGGACGCCCUGGUGAACUCUGCCCCUGUGAUGUGUUGAAUAAAUGGAUGUUGUGUAUUUUGUGAUCUUAUAAAAAAUAAUCCAUGUGGCUAUUUUAUAGACUUCCAUAAUAAAAACAAAUGUUGACUCUC